AUGGAACCGAGGCCUCUGACCUCGGCCAUGGAGAGCCCGACUUUUGAAGAGGACAGCUCUUUUCAUGUAGAGCAACCUGUGGGAUCAAUGUCAAUAUCUCCUUGUGGACGUGAUGUCGUUUUAGCCUCCAAGGAGGGUUUACAUGUCAUUGACCUCGACUCACCUUAUUCUCCACCUCGAUAUCUCCCGCAUCACACGCCAUGGGAGGUAGCCGAUGUACAGUGGUCGCCAUUUGCGGCACGAGAUCAAUGGGUUGUCAGUACAUCCAAUCAGAAAGCUUUGGUCUGGAAUUUGGCCAUGAAGACCUGGCAGAACUCCAUCGAAAUCGUACUUCAUGCCCAUUCCCGCGCUAUUACCGACAUCAACUUUUCCGCAUUUCAUCCAGAUCUCCUCGCGACUUGCUCGGUGGAUAGCUUUGUGCAUUGCUGGGAUCUGCGUGCUCCGUCGCGACCGGCCGUCUCAUUCUCGGAUUGGUUCACUGGCGCCACUCAAGUGAAAUGGAACAGACAAGAUCCCCAUGUCAUCGCAAGUUCUCACGACCGGUUCCUUCGGAUCUGGGACGACCGAAUGGGCGCUUACCCAAUCAAGUCCAUUGAAGCUCACAACACCAAGAUCUAUGGAGUUGACUGGAACCGUGUUCGACGCGGUGCGCUGGUCACAUGUUCCCUAGAUAGAACAAUCAAGUUCUGGGACUAUACUUCCGAUUCGGCAGAUGUCCCAGAGAAGCAGAUCCGCACACCAUUCCCCGUGUGGCGCGCACGCAACACUCCAUUCGGAUGGGGCGUGCUUGCAAUGCCACAGAGAGGUAAUAAUGAUCUUCAUCUCUACAGUCGACGAGCUGGAGAUGGCUCAAAUCCUGAGGAUGAUUUGCCUUUGGUGCAUAGCUUCCCUGGACAUAAGGGACAAGUAAAAGAGUUCCUGUGGCGACCACGUGGAGGGGUAGCAGAUGGAAUCGACCACCGUGAAUAUCAACUUGUCACGUGGGGAACAGAUAGGGAGCUACGUCUUCACAAAGUUGACCCUGAGAUUCUUCAGCGUGUCGGGUAUGAAAAAGGCAAAUCCUUUAUUUCCACUCGAACUCUGACACGACUCGGUGCUGCGUAUCGCACUUUCCGUGACGUGAAUACAGAUUUCGAUUUUGAUGACGUUGACGCGCCUUCUUCCUCAGUUGGACUUCAGACCCAAAGCACUAUGGCAGGUACAGGCAUGAACGCUAUCACGGUUCCCCACACCCGUGGUUGGGCAAAAGGAGCCCCUGUUGAUCGAGUUGGCAUGCAACCGAGGUCAAAUUUCAGAGCGGACACAAAUCCCAUUGCGUGGAUGCGCGGCGUGAAGAUCUCAGGCUGGGAUGUCGAGACCUUGGGAGAUGAAAUUAGUCACGUCGGUGAAAAAUUCACCAAGGUGUCAUUUGAUUCAGUUGAUGUUCGGCAAAGGAAAAUUUCUAUCUCUCUCAAUGGGCCUUGGGGCGCUGAAGGUGCCUCAUUAUUCUUGAAAGUGGACAUCAAAUUUCCCAUGAGCUAUCCCAAGACUGCGAUCCCAACAUUCGCAUUCCAGAAGACAGCAGCUGUCACCGAUGAAUGGGCUGCGAAGACCACAGCCGAACUACGAACAAUUGCUGAAACCUACAUGUCCCGAAAUAGGGGGUGUCUAGAAGGCGCCGUACGUUAUCUUCUAGGUGAGAGCAGCCUGGAAGAAAGUAUCGCGUGGAUCCUGGACGAAACUGGGGAUAACCUCAAGUCCCCCGUCAGCGGCGACAUGGAAGGUGAAUCCAGUGACGAGGAUGAGGUCGGCAUGACCCAGAGCCAAGAGCUGGGAAUGAGCUCCGAGCUACUUCGCCCUGUCAACGCCAAUGUCAUGGUGCCAGUGGCUAAAGUGUGCGGAGCACUUUGGGCCAAUGAUGGCCGCCUCAUAUGCUUUUUCCCACCAAAACCAAAGGUCGACAAAUCAGCUGAGCUGUUUGAGAAUAUGGGUUUCAAAGAGAUGACUCGAUGGUCAAGAGGAGACAAAGUUUUCGAAGGCUUCGGCCGGCUACAAACCAACUCACCUGGUCCCCGCAAAAUGGGAACGAUAAGUACCGAUGACGGUGCCUCUAGCGAUUCAGAGGAAUCUUAUACAGACAGCUCGAGCUCUUCAGGCUCCUCUGAUGUUCUUUCUGGACUACCGACCCGCUUCCCCGCCUCGCAAACAUGGCGCAGUGCCGGCAGCUAUGGCAUACCUCGACCAAGAUCAACGGAUAAUUCUCAGCGGUCUACUGGCGGCGGUGGCACAGUCAAAUCAGAGUUGCCUCAGAACAUUGUGUCUAUCCAUAACCUCAGUGAUAUGUUACCAGUCAAGCGGGAGUUGGCAAGCCAAUAUCGUAUCUGCGGCAAAGGAACAGACGUAUGCGCCCAUAAUGCAGCCGUUGCCCUUGACGCUGGUUGCUACGAAUUGGCUCAGAUAUGGGGUCUGAUCAAACUGAUUUUGCAUGUCAGGAAACGACCAGGCACUUCGCCCGAGUCCGGCCUCUUGCAAAAGCGUGUGCAGCGAAAGGAGGGCGGGCGUGGUGGUUUGGGCAGAGAUGGGUUGUAUAGAGACUUGACGGGCAGUAUUAUCCGGUGGGGGGAUCAUCCUCUUGGCAGUCACUGGCUAAUCCCUGCUCUCUUUGAACACUUCGAAGCCAUUGGUGACGUGCAAAUGGUGGCAAUGCUCUCAUGCGUACUACUGGAAGCCAGCCAAGAGGGAGCGUUGGAGAACCAGAGAGCCAAAAACAAACCUAGCCAGCAGGCCUUCUCAUUGAAUUUCUCUGCCCCAUCGACGAUCCAAACCAAGCUGCCAGUUGUGACGCCAGGUUCAUCUGUUCCUAAAGAGGUACCGCCUAUGACCGCUCCCCAGACCUCAGCGCGUUCGUCUAGUGAGAUCUGGCGUCUUGAUUCUACGCCUCCAUAUUCAACAGGCACUACGCCCCCUUUCAUGUCCCGCCCACGCGGAAUCGCUGCUGAUCGAAAGUCCCUGAGCCAUUCUGCGUCUGUGGCCGCAUCGCCCGACCAGCAAUCCCAAACGAAGAGUGGAUCUGGGUUCGGAUCCGUACUGGCUUCGUCAUUGUCGCGUUCAUUCACAUUUGGACCGUCAUCUGCGUCGCCGCCGACGAGCAGGCUGGACAAGAAAAAGGGGACACCCCAGGACAGCCCGGGUGUGACAAAUGGACAAGUAGUAAGUCAUUUCCCUGUUAAACAUGGCACAAGUUCGAUCUGUCUAACCUCAAUUGCUCUCCAGUCACAGGCUCAAUCUGACACUGAAAGCGACCAUGCACCCGACCCUACACCGCCACCCGCAAAAUUCAAGAUCACGUACAAGAACCAAAGCGAAUUUGAAAGCGACGGACCCGCGCAGCAUUCGUUCCUCGACCGAAGCAAAGAGCUAUUGUAUCAAUCAUACCGCGCCGCGUAUGCGAACCUUUUGGCAAUUUGGGACCUUCCCGUCCAACGAAGCGAAGUGCUGAAGAUUGGAGCCGUGGCUGAGCGAGUGGACGACCUGAGUUCGAGUAUGUACUGGAACAGCAUGACCUCUACAGAAACGGUGGUGGAUGACCUACAACCGGAGUCAAAACCGCAAGCUCUUGACUUCCAGCGCCACUGCGCUAGCUGCGGUCACGCGUUGCAGCGUUCCAUUUUCGAUAAACACCCCAACACCCCCGACACGCCGUCGAAGCGACCGCAAGACAACUUAUCAGGUCGCCGAUGUCCCAAUUGCAAGCCACGACGGCCGCUGCCAAUCAAACUACCCUGUGUGAUCUGCAGCGAGGUGGUCGACGGUAUGCUGAUUCCCUGCCUGAGCUGCGGGCAUGUCAGCUGUUUCGACUGCCACCAACGCUGGUUCCUUCGACCCGCCGACAAGCUCGAUAGUCCGUUCGACCACUCAGACCAGAACAAAUCCCUUCCAACCUGUCCGACCGGAUGCGGCUGCCAAUGUUCUGAGCAUAUCACCGUGGACGUCCCAAUGCCCUCGAGGGAGGCAGUAUCCCCCGGUACCACAGAGCCUAUAACCGUUUCCCACCCCAGCUCUACACAGAGGAAAAAUUCUCGUCGCCGACAGUCUGAGCCUCUGACCUUGGACACACCUCGUAAAGAGGUAUUACAUUCUGGCCAGCUUGAACAUGACCUGGACGCGUGGCAAGAGUCAUCGCCAUUUGCAUCUCUUGCCCGGGGUCUCGGCGGUGGCCUGAGUCGUGGCCUGCGGGCGAAAGAGGAUCGGAGGAAGAAUAACUCUAUCGCCCUUGCACCACCGAAUGCGAAGAAUGCUUGA